AUCUCUGAGAGAGACGGAAGUAGGGGCUGGUUGUCCAGGACGGUUUGUCUCGUCUCUUGUCUUUCUCAGGCGUUCAGUUUAAUAUUUGCAACUCCCGCCCCCUCACCGCCACCGCCGCCACCGCCACCAAAACAAAACCAAGAGCCAUGUCGGGUCCGUGACUUGGGCUGUUAAAGGGCAGGGAGGUCACAUCCAUCCAAACGGCGACCUCAGGAGCCAAGGCAGGAGGGGGACGGCGGGAGACCUGGCUUCAGGGCGGGGGGAGGGAGGGGGGGCAACUGGAAGGGAAUUAAAGGGAGAAGGUGGGAGGAAGAAAUACCUGCAAUGAGAAGAGCGUUAGAGGGUCAGGGAUGGCAUCCAUUCAACAGAACAGAGCAGGAGACGAAGGAGAGGACGGCGAGGACGGAUCGCUGCACAGGAUGCUGUUGGCCAUAGAGGAGGAGAGGACCAGAUCCAGUCUCAAGCAGGAGAUGAGCGGUUUGGGCUGCUUCAAGGAUGAUCGCAUCGUCUUUUGGACUUGGAUGUUUUCAACCUACUUCAUGGAAAAAUGGGCCCCACGGCAGGAUGAUAUGUUAUUCUAUGUUCGUCGGAAGUUAACCUUCGUUGGUCCAGAGAGCAGUGAUGGCAAGCAGGUUGAAGUUGAAGUUUAUCGCAGAGAUUCCAAGAAAUUGCCUGGGCUUGGUGACCCUGACAUUGACUGGGAGGAGAGUGUUUACCUCAAUCUAGUUUUGCAGAAGCUGGAGUAUGUGGUGACCUGUGCUGUGUGCACACGUUCUGAACAAGGGGAUAUUCACAUUCACAGAAAGAAAUCCCAGCAAGUUUUUGCGUCUCCAAGCAAGAACCCGAUGGACAGUAAAGGAGAGGAAUCGAAAAUCAGCUACCCCAACAUCUUCUUCAUGAUUGACAGCUUUGAAGAGGUUUUUAGUGAUAUGUCCGUGGGGGAGGGAGAAAUGGUCUGCGUCGAGCUGGUCGCCAGCGAUAAAAACAACAUGUUUCAGGGCGUGAUCUUCCAGGGAUCCAUUCGUUAUGAAGCACUGAAAAAGGUGUACGAUAACAGGGUAAGUGUUGCUGCUAAGAUGGCCCAGAAGAUGUCAUUUGGGUUCUACAAGUAUAACAACAUGGAGUUUGUUCGGAUGAAAGGUCCCCAGGGUAAGGGGCAUGCUGAGAUGGCUGUGAGUCGGGUUGCCACAGGUGAUACGUCUCCCUACGGGACGGAGGAAGGUUCUGAGCCAGGAUCACCUCUGCAUGAUCAAGGGGAUGCUUCUCCUUCCUGCAGUGCGUUCUGGGUGACUUCCUUCAGCACACCACCCACUCCUGAACGGAACAACCGACCAUCUUUUUUCUCGCCAUCCUUGCGCAGGAAGACACCAAAGAAUCGGAUGGCAGAAAUGAAGAAGUCUCAUUCGGCUAACGACAGUGAAGAGUUCUUCAGGCAUGGCUCAGACAAUGGGGAUGAGGAAGACAUGCAUGGUGUGUCUAACCUGCGAUCUCGCUCCUUAUCCGGCACUGGGAGGUCCCUGGUAGGAUCCUGGCUGAAGCUGAACCGGACUGAAGAAAAUUUUCUACUCUAUGCACACCUCACCUACGUCACAUUACCACUACAUCGCAUAACAACAGAUAUUCUGGAAGUACGGCAGAAACCAAUCCUGAUGUCGUAGCAGAGAGUAGGCACUGCCUUACAAACUAGCAGCCAAGUGCCUAACUGUGACUGGAUCCUUGACAACACUUGACACCAUCUAGUGUCGAAACGGGACGCAAGAGUUCAUCAAAAUACCAGCCAAUCAAAGUGCCUCCUUCAUUCUCACCUUCACAAGAGAACCAAUUUUCCAAACACUGAGUUGAAUUUUGAUAUAGAGCUGACAAGGAGCUGCUUCUUACUUGGAAACCAAUAUGAACACUUCGCAAAAAUUUCUGAAGGGCGUUGCUUUGUAUCUAACAACAUCAGUAGCUGCAAGGAUUAUUAUUAUUAAAGGCAGGAACAAAAAAAGGGGGAAUUAUUCAUUGAAGUAUUGUAUAUAUUGAACAAAAAAAAUCUGAAAUUCUUGAAGAAACUUGUUUAUUGGGAUGUUGUCCCAAAGUUGAUCAUGUAAAACCUUUCAGCCUGGACCUCAUCUCUGUUUUCAUCUGUUUUGCACAUGUGUGUUUUUUUUAAAAAGGCAAAAGGAGAAAAUUACAUAUGUGGGAUUUCUUGGGAUUACACAAUGCCGUAUCAGUUUUUCACGUGGAUUUUGGAAAUCAAAUUAGGGGAAGGGUGCAAGUUAUUUUGUCAUGUAAAAUUGUCUGCUUUUGUCAAUAUUGGGCUGAUCAUAUUCAGUGCGCUAACCAAAGGGGAUGGGGGAGGGAAAGGAGAAGAAUUGUUUGUGCUUGUGUUCUGUAGAUAAAUGGGAAGUGGCUAUUGCACUAAAAUUCUGUAUGUGAGUUUGUCAGAUUAUUGAAGGGAAUUGAUGUUUUACUUGAAGGUACUGAGCCUCCGUUUCCCUGGGUCCUUGCCUCAUUUGAGAUGGGAAGUGUGUUUUGCUCGUCUGGGCAGCCAAAGUCUAACAUGUUGUUGGGGUGGACAGCAGUGAGUGUGAUUGCUGAAUCUGACCACAAGAUAUUACAGCACCUUGUUGCAGGGCCAAUUUUUUGGUGAUACACCUGGAGAAUAAUGAGACCUUUCCUCAUUCCUUAUUUUUGGGGAAGGACAGGGGUUCAUUCUCCCCUGCGCUGAUUAAUUGUAGUCAAUUCUUCUGUAAUUGUACAAGCACGACUUGAAGAUUCCAAUAUGCUUAUUCAUGAUCUUUGAUGAAAUGAAACUUAUCCCAAAUUGAAUGGGACAAGGACUCAUUGGAGAAGAGGCACUUGCACCUUUCAUUGAUUUAACCAAUACCUCAUUGCCAUGUUUCCCCGUUUCUAUGUUCUUUUUAUAGCCUGGUGUGCAUUGCUCGCACAAGUUUCCCAUCUUACACGAUACCACAAUUGACUGGUGUAGUAUUUGGAGGGGUGAGGGGGGAGUGAGCAGGUCUGAUCUGACCACACACAAGAGCAAAAGACACUAAGUCAGCAAAACCACAUCCAUCAUUAAAUUGCAAAAAUACAAGUGAUUACAAUUUAGAUCUCUGAAAGGGGAUAUUUACUAUGACUAUAAUCUAAGCUGAACUGGCUGCUCCAUCAAAAGCAACCUACAAGAGCAAUGUUUUAACUAUUGGUGGGGGUGGGGGGGGCGGUGGAAGGGAGGGAGGGAUAAAGAUUAAUGUUGUUUUCUAUUUGUUGGCUAAGUCAUCACCUUUGUUUUUCCUUGAGAUGGUCAUUGGUGAAAAUGAGCAGGUGUGAUCUCACCAGACAGCUGUUUGUUGGAUGGAGCUGCAACUUGUGGCAUUUGCUCAUUCAACAAAAGAGCUUCCCAUGGAAUUUAACUUGAGCCACCGUCACAUAUUGACAUGAUAGUCCAGUACCUGCCACCUUUGCUGGGCAGAGAACCAAUGCAAAAUAAAUAUCACACAUUUAGAAACUGAAAGUACUGGUGGCUCGUACUCUCAUCACCUUGUGGUGUACGGCUGGAUGGUCACUCACAUGGCUCAAUUGCAUAUGUUUGCUAUUUUGCAGUUUACAACUGUUGAUAUUAAUAUUUUGAUCCACAUAGGUUUUCUGCCAAAACUACCUUCUCAAUGACUGGGCUGCUCAAGAACACAUUUGCACUUCUCUUGUUUCCCAUCAGUUAGGAAAUCUGUUCCCUGCUUUGAAAGUGUUAAUUUCUUCACAAAUUCUUUCUUACAACACUGAGUUUAAGAACAAUCCUUUGAUCCUCACACUCAACAGGCCAAUAUGACUGUGCAUCUGAAUAUGGCAGCGGAGGGGUACAAUAAUCUCCUUGAAACUGAAACAGUCCUCACCAUUUGUACCAAUUCCCUUUGACAGCAGCUGUGGAGUUCUACUAUCACACACCCACGCUCUGUUUAUGCCAGAAAACUUCUUUUCCACAAUUUGCUUGUUUGUGAACUAGUCGAGGUUCUAGUUUAGUCUAAUGCAGUAGUUUAAUUUUCAACAAACCAAACUGGGGUGCAUUGUGUGCACUUUUCUCUGUUAGAAGCCGGUAUCUUGUGACAACCGUCGGCAGUUAAUACCUGCAGUGUUUUUAGAAGUCAUCCUGCUUCCAUGGUUAUGGGGCGGAACCCCCUGUUUUUCUUUUGUUUUCUGUUGUUUAACAUUCGCCUUGCGUCUCCUAAAGUAUCAAACGUUAAAAAAAUUAAAUUACCAGCGAGCGAGUUAGUGCACUUGAGACUUCCCUGUGGAUGGAAGUGGCAGCUUCAUGACUAUGAAGUGAACAAUUUCACUGAGGUGGUACUCAGCCCAAUAUUUAAGUACUUACACAAAAUAAAAAGCAAAAUUAUAUUAUUCAGAGCAAAAGACAUAAACAAAACCUUUGCUUGAGGAGCAUCUGGGGGAGACUUAAUUUUAAAAAGUCAAUUUGGUUUAUUUGUAGGCAGAAUAGGGUAAACUACAGCUGAUAAAGAGUGAGAAUGACUUGCUCUGUUAUAGCAACUGUAUGAAGAUGAAAAUGAGGCUUUGCUUCAGCAGCCAAAUGUGGUUUGUUUUGUCUUUUUUUUUGCAUGAUCAAAUUUCUGCUGGAGUUUAGACCUGAACAAUUUUAAGCUAUUGGCUUGAGAUUUACGAACUGUUGAUGUACUCUUUCUCUUGAUACCUCAGACGUUAUGCAGAGGAUAAGAAUCCCAGUCAUGCUCUCCCCUAUUACCUGAGGUCAGAGGUGCAGCAAUUGUUGAACAAAAUGUUAAGCUACUUCCAAAUCUAGGCCUGACUGCUGUCAUUUGAGGACAAACCUGAUAAAUGUGAUCUCUAAAUACCAGUGUUAAGUCGACAUGUGAUUUUUAAAAAAAAAUAAAUGAGUUGAAAUUUCUGUUA